GCGCCCACAGCACCAACAAAAGCCCUCUCAGCCCGCGAGAAGCGCAUGGCCCGCAUCCGCGGCGACAUCCACCCCCUCGCACCGCACAAGACCCUCCGCCCCGAAGCCCAAGUCGACGACGGCUUCCUCACCAACAAAAAGGACAAGCGAACGAUGAAACACAGCGCCUUCCUCAGCAAAGUCGCCAAGACGGCCCCCGGCAGCGGCAAGACCCUGAAGCGCCGGAGACCGAAUAAGAAGCUCGUCGCGACAAUGGAGUCGCUCGCCGACGCGCUUCCUGAGCUGGAAGAGGGCGCGCAGACGCUGGAUCAGCUGCGCGAGGGAAAAAUUCGGCAUAAGAGUCUUAAGAGCAGGCCGGGGGCGCUCAAGAGGAAGGAGAAGGUUGUUAAAGCGGAGGUGGCGAGGUUUGGGGCUAGUAUGGCUGCUUUGGCUUCUGUGCCGACUGCUGCGAAUGCUAGCGGUGCUGGUGCGAUGGCGGUUGAGGGGACGAUGGCGCAGGAGGCGGCGACGACGAGUGCGACUUCGAGCCGGUGGGCUGCGCUGCGGAAGCACAUUUCGAGCACGAUGGAGCAGAACCCUGCUUUCAGCACAUAA